AUGAAUAUAAUGAAGAAGGGAGCGGGUAAGUCUGGUAAGGUGACUUAUCAAGAAAGGCGCUCCAACCAUGUUUUGACUGAAGUUGUAUGUAUAGCUAUUCUUGAUGAGUUUGCAAGUAUCCAAAUCGAACGCCCUUCUCGACGGACAUUUAUAGCACAUCCCUUCAUCCCCAUUGAAAUGGUAAGUUUUGAUUCUAAAGAUGAGAUCUUAUUUGAAAGUGUAGUAGAGCGUCGUAUUAAAGAACGGAUGGCUUUAGAUAUGGAGAAUGGCGUGACUGAGCAAACGGCAUUACGGAGACUGAAGAAAAACCGGACGACCGAAUCGAUUCAUUUGUUAGUAGAUAUCCUUCAAGAGAAAGGAAUACAUAUUGGGUGUAAACAUUCGAGAGGGUCGAAUAAUGUGAUGGUUAUUGACUACAUCCAAUCAAUUAAUUACAAAAACAGAGUGUAUAAUAUAGACGAACUCGAAAAAAUAGGACAAGAAAUUCACUCACAUCUUUCCCUCCUAUUUGAAAAAAACAAAAAAAUCACAUUAGCUAGAAAUGACCGGACGUUGCGGUCUUUUUUGGACCAUUAG